CAGCGUAAAUGUGUUCGUCAUCACGCAGAACCGGAGCGCUCUCGUUUUCGGCAUGAUCGAGCAUAAUAAGUAACGUCCUGAGUUCAGCCGAGCAGCCCUGGAGCGAAGGACAGUGGUGCGGGAUGCUGCCUGAUAAAGAUGGACUGAAUGGAGGUGGAGGAGUGCAGGACGGUGCCAAAGCUGAAGACCCUUCAGUGACUCUGUUCAGAGAAUACCUGCGCCUGAAGACCGUGCAUCCAGAGCCAGACUACGAUGCUGCUCUGAAGUUCCUGGAGCGGAUGGCGGAGGAGCUCGCUUUACCCAUGAAGAAAGUGGAGGUGUGUCCCGGUCGAGUGGUUGCCAUCAUCUCUUGGAUCGGCUCCAGGCCAGAGCUCAAGUCUGUGGUGCUGAACUCACACACUGAUGUGGUUCCUGUGUAUGAGGAGCACUGGAAACAUCAUCCAUUCGCUGCUGUGAAAGAUGCGGACGGCAACAUCUACGCCAGAGGAGCUCAGGAUAUGAAAUCUGUCACCAUACAGUACAUUGAAGCCAUUCGCAGACUGAAGGCGGCUGGGAAGAGAUUUUCUCGAACUAUUCAUUUAACAUUUGUCCCAGAUGAGGAAGUCGGUGGUCACAAAGGAAUGGAGACGUUUGUGAAGCAUCCAGAAUUUCAGACGUUAAACAUCGGUUUUGCUCUUGACGAAGGAUUGGCAAACCCAACCAAUGCCUAUACCGUAUUUUAUGGAGAAAGAAACCCAUGGUGGAUCACCGUUCGCUGUCCUGGAAGUCCAGGUCAUGGUUCCAGGUUUGUGGAAAACACAGCCGCAGAGAAAUUACGGCGAGUUAUAAACUCUUUCCUGGAGUUCAGAGAGAAGGAGAAACAGCGACUGAACACCAGUGAGUGUUUCACACUGGGAGACGUCACCACUAUUAACAUGACCAUGGUCAAAGGAGGCGUCGCUUAUAAUGUGGUUCCUGCAGAAAUGGACGUCAGCUUUGACUUGAGAAUCCCUCCUACUGUUAACCUGCAGGAGUUUGAGGAAAAGAUAAAAGUCUGGUGUAGAGAAGCCGGUGAAGACGUGACGUAUGAUUUUGCACAGAAACACAUGGACCAGAACUUGACCUCCACAAAUGAGAGCGACCCCUGGUGGCAAGCUUUCCACUCCACCUGCAAAGCAAUGAACAUGACUCUGAAAAAGGAAAUCUUCCCUGCUGCCACAGACAGCCGCUUCAUUCGGGAAGUGGGUCUUCCUGCCAUCGGAUUCUCUCCAAUGAAUCUCACCCCCAUCUUGCUUCACGAUCACAACGAGUACCUGAACGAACAGGUGUUUCUGCGGGGCAUUCAGGUGUACGAGCGGCUCAUUCCUGCUCUGGCCGGUGUGGCUCCUCUGAGCGGAGAACUGUAGAUUCACACUGUAUCCGAAAUAGCUCCCUAUACCAUUAAAUAGUGCACUAUUUGAGAGAGUAGCCAUUUCUUGUGGUGUCUGAACUCAUAGUGGACGCUCUGAAGUGCACUCAAUCCAUCCCACAAUGCACCACAAUAACAAGUGUACAUCCCACGUACACUCAACAGUCAGAAAAUACUCAUAAUGCACUGUGAGAGUUUGGCACUGAAUGAAUUUUCGCAUUUGAACACAAGAUGGCGUUCACAGCAGAUUCAUAUCAGUGUACUUUUCAAAAUAAAAUAUAGGUUAAUUAAAGUAAUGUUUGUACACAUGACAGAAAUCAAAACACUUGGUUUCAUUACUAGUAGACGACUAAUAGUCAAAUAAUUAUCACAGGGUCUGACCUGAAAUUGAAAAUAUUCAUAAUAUCAGCCAAAUAUUUGCCAGAGAAGCACAAACUAAAUGGCAUCCCUUCAGUGCGCUCCAAUUCACUCACUCAUUUUCAUUCACUCUUUUAAUAGACUAUAUUAGUGGACUCAUGUAGGGAAUAGUGAAUGAGGGUAUAGUGGGCGAUUUCAGAUACAGCAUCAGUCUUUCUGUUCAUCUCCCUAAGCUUGCCGACUGAAAUACGGUGCUGAUUUUCACUCAUAUCGAGAAUCGUAUCUGCCAUAACACCAAAGAAUGAGCUGAUCCCAUAUAACCGAGAUCAUCAUUUUAUGUUCGCUUUAACUCAGGAGACCCAGUUAUUCAAUAAUGUCUUAGAGAUGCUUUUGAGUCUUAUUUGUCUGCUGACAUUCACAGUUAGAAGCUGCUAUAAACCAUCUUAAUUCAUAAAGUUUGUAAAUUUGGCCUGUAAGGUAAGGUGGCCUGUGUCUCAGAUGAGAAAUGAAAAUGUUUUCAGAGACUCAAACGGUGUAGCUGUGCUUGCCAUAUAUGCAUUAUAUUUUUAAUACAGAUGAUUUUAAUGCAAAUGUAUGGUAAUAUACUGAAAAUAUGUAUGGGUGAUGUAUAAUUAGACUUAUAAUACACUAUACUACACAGUUAGACUAAAUCACGCCUCAUGAUUUUAAAUGUUAUGAAUUUUGAAGUUACCUCAAACUGGUGCUACUUUGCCUCCUGAUUAAAUAAAAUGAAAAGGGUACCAUA